CGUGCGAGCUACAGCCUCCAGUUUAAAUUCAACGUUGCCCGCGAGUACAAGCAUAACGUCAAAGGCUGCGGCUUCCACGCUCUGGCCAAAAAGCACAAGGAACAGCUUCAUAGCUGGAUUGUCGACCGCAAUAACAAGGGAUUGAGGGUCAAAGACAAAUACAUCAGACUCCAAGCGCUGAAUAUUUACCGCUCGCAGCACAACGAUGAGGACGACCCGCACCUGACGUUUGCCGCUUCGUCUGGGUGGCUUGGCCGCUUUAAAGAUCGAUACAACCUCGUGUCGAGGCGCCAAACCACGACGAAGACCCUUCCUAGCGACGCUAAGGAAACUUGCUUGGAGCUCAUUGAAAAGGCGCAAAAACUCAUCCAAGAGCACAACAUACAACCAGGCAAUAUUAUCAACAUGGAUCAAGUGCCGAUGUACUUUGAAACGGAGCCAAAACACACAAUUACAACUCAUGGCAGCCGAGAGGUUCUCCUCAAGAAAGGUGGGAGCAGCCACAAACGGUUCACUGCCACCUUCGCGAUUACUGGAGACGGAAAGUUUUUGACGCCUCACGUGCUCUUCUUAAAGCUCAAGCGGAAGCCAGCCGUCCCCAUGGGCAUUCUCGUCGACGUGAACGCCACCGGUAUGUGGAAUGACGCAAGCAAUCCUCCUCGAGCGCGCAAAACGGUCAUUUGCAGCAGAAAAGAAACCCAUUUUUACCGUCAGCCCGUUUUGUACAUUAUCGACUCGUACGCUUGCCAUGUCACGCUUUUUAACGUGAAGUUGCUCCAG